UACAAGAGAUGCAGCAACAACCGCACUCUGGCCAGCAACCGUCCGGGGCGCCGAAUGGGGUGGCGGGGGGCGCCCAAUUGCCACAAACAGGUGGCAUAAGUCCGGCGCAACCUGGCGCGACCGGUACCACCGCAAAUCGGGCGCAAGUUAACGGGGGCAGAUUCGACUUUGACGACGGUGGAACCUACUGCGGCGGCUGGGAAGAUGGAAAGGCCCAUGGCCAUGGCGUGUGCACCGGGCCCAAAGGUCAAGGCGCCUAUUCUGGCAGCUGGCAUUUCGGCUUCGAAGUAUCCGGCGUCUACACCUGGCCUAGCGGGUCAGCCUACGAAGGACAAUGGCAGAACGGCAAGAGACACGGCCUGGGUAUGGAGACCCGUGGCCGUUGGCUUUACCGGGGAGAAUGGACUCAGGGAUUCAAAGGUCGUUACGGGGUCCGGCAGUCUACUACCUCCACUGCGAGAUACGAGGGCACGUGGUCCAGCGGUCUGCAGGACGGUUAUGGUUCCGAGACUUACGCCGACAGUGGUACUUAUCAAGGCCAAUGGCUCCGCGGCAUGCGGCACGGUUACGGGGUGAGGGCGAGCGCGCCGUUCGGUUUGGCUAGCCACUACAAACCUCCAAAGCAAGUAAGAGCGUCCUUGACGUCGUUAAGGAGCGCCGACGGAGGACCAGCGGUCGCUCCAACGCCGGAACCCACCGACAGGAGGGAUCGACGUGUAGACGACAGCCGAGGAGGAUUCGUCCUGAAAGCCAGGAGCGACGAUCCACCGGCUCGGAGAAAGAGCCUCACCGAAAAGUCCCUAAAGAAGGGCAUUCUCUCGGGUCUUAAGAUACGAAAGCAGAGGAGUACGGGAGAUUUGGAGAAACGUGGUACUGGUGGUAGUAUUAGAAGUAAUGCCAGCUCAGCGUCGUGGAUGUCGACCGAGAGCUCACAAAGUCAAGCCUCGGCGUCGGUUCACACAGAUAGUAAUGCGUCCUUUGUUAUCGAGGAUGAACAGAUGGACGCGUCGGUAACUGAGACGUACUUGGGCGAAUGGAAGAACGAUAAGAGAACCGGCUUCGGCAUAUCUGAGAGAAGCGACGGGUUGCGAUAUGAAGGCGAAUGGUUCAACAAUCGCAAAUAUGGCUACGGUGUCACCACGUUCCGUGACGGCAGCAAGGAGGAAGGAAAGUACAAGAACAACGUGCUUAUCACUAGCCAGAAAAAGAAGCACCUCUUCCUAAUCAGGUCCGCCAAAUUCCGUGAAAGGAUAGAGGCGGCAGUGAACGCAGCUCAGCGGGCGAGCAAGAUCGCUCUGCAAAAAGCCGAUAUCGCUAUCUCUAGGACGGCAACGGCGCGGGGUAAAGCGGAAUUGGCCGACAUCGCCGCCGAACACGCCAGAGAAGACUCCGAACUAGCGCAACAAACAGCGAGGCAGUUCGCACCGGACUUCCGGCAGCCGGGUUUAGAAAGGUUGCGGAACAGAGAGAUACCCAAGUACGUUCCGCCGCCACAGGAUUCCAUGCCGGGUAAGAGUAUCCUACAUAAGACAGCCAGCGUGGACCAACCCAGCGGCGCCACACCGAUCAAGAGCGCCGUUGACUCCACAACGACGACGAUGAACGCGACGCCAGCAUCCGCAGCGAACAACACCGUCAGCAAUGUGAUGCAAUCGAUACGUAGGACCAGUGUAAAGCCUCUGCCGCAGAAUCAGCUGCCUAUGCAAAACCAGAUACCGAAUCAGGUACCGCUGGCGAACCAGGCACCCAUGAAUCAAUUGAACACUCAACAAACCUCGCUGACCGGUCAGAAUCCGUAUCAACAGUAUCCGUAUCAACAGCAAAACCCGAUGAGCCAGUACUCGAACAGUAUACCGAACCAGUACCAAUCGAAUCAAUACAGCCAGCAGCAUCACCAGUUCGUCCAGAACAAUCCGUACCAGUAUCAACUGACUAAUCCAUCUCAGGUUGAGCAACAAUACUCCGAUUAUCAACAACAACAGCAACAACAGCAACCAAUCGGAUUGCACGAUUUCCAAAAUUUGCAGGCUUAUCCCAGUCAGCAGACGGCGAUACCCAAUCAAUAUGGGCCUGGUCAGAUGAAUCAGUACAAUUCACAGUCGAUGUACGCACAACAAACGCACCAGUCGCAAUAUCAGCCUGAUAACAUCAUGGAUGCAGCAAGGCCGCCGAGCUCCACGAGUUUACGAAGAAAUAGUAGAGUCCUGAGUCCUCAGGAUCGACCUGGCAUUAUUGGUCAAACGCUAAACGAUAGGCUGGAUCACUAUAAGAGACCACCUAGUCGCGACAGUUCUGUAGAUCGUUAUGCCAGAGCGCAUUCCCGGUUGACUGGAUCGAGACAGCCAUCCGUCGACAAAACCAUAUCGAAUCCACCUCCGGAGAUGCUCGAUAGAUCGAUGAGAGCCCCAAGCGCGAUACGAGGAGGAACGCCACUGAACGGAUCCGUGAUAGGCAGCGGCGCCGCGACGCCGACAUACGCCGUACCAACUCCUAACCAGUUUGAGGGGGCUCUCAUAAAAAACCGUAGCCUUGGACAGGACAUUCUGCCGAGUCCUGGACAGCCUAAACGCAUUAUUGUGCCGAAGGAAAACGUCCAGAUUACAGACGUUGAAUAUGUUCCGUGGUGUCCACAAAUUAUCGUGAGAACAGAAAUGUUUUGGAUCGAGACGGACGAGGAGGAGGAGGCGUUGCUAUGCAGCCCCGCUCUGAUGGCCAGGCGGGCCUCGGAGUCCUGGAUCGUAGCACCUCCUGUGGAGGCGAUGCCGGUAGCGGCAAUGCCCCUUCAACGAAAGAAGUCACUGCCGAACGUGGCGCAGCCGAUCCAGCUCACGGCCACCUCACCAUUGUCGAGGGAAGAAGUCAGUAUUUUGAGCAGUAUGAGGAGAGAGGAGAUCCGCAGGCAAGUCGACGAGAGCGAGAGGCUCAGAGCAAACCCGCUUUUGUACCUGGUCAGUCCGCAGGUUAAAGACUGGUUCUCCCGUCAGCAGCUCGUGAUGCUGGUGCUCUUCAUCAACAUAUCCCUAGCUUUGAUGUUCUUCAAACUGCUGACGUAGCAGCCAGCCGACGAUCGGGUUCACGGACUCGUGAACGUGGACGUGACCUGAGACCCGGUGGUGCCGCGACACUUUGGGUCGUUACCGAGCCAGAAUUUCGAAGGGAAACGGCAAUGUGGCCGCACAAGAAUCGCCAAGAAUCGCCGGGAAUGGCUUUCACCAGCGGUUCAUUCAGUCUUACGCGCCGCGGGCGCUACGUUAAAAGAGGAAAUCUUUGAAUCGAGACCGACGAAAAGGAGAGACUCGAAGAGGAUUAUUCUCGGCAGAGAUUUUGUCGCGCGAAGGCGACCGUAGUCGAAUUUUGAGCGAUCGCGAAAAUCUAAGUAGACAAAUAAAUAGAGGGAGCAGCAUUGAGACGAGAAAGUAUCUCCGAGGUAUUGUCAAGGGGAUUUAAAAUGGAUUUGCCUUUGAAUAUUGUAAAUUAAAAAGGACUUAAGCUUCAAAAAAAGAGAAAAGGAAAAAGAAUAACAAUAAUUUGAAAGAAUUUGAAUGGUGAAUUGCAUUCUUGAAGGUCUUUUGUAAAAUAAGAAUACACCUGUCUAUGGCAAGAGUUUUCUGAUGAAGCAUUUUAGACGUUUGCCGCUUAAAUCCUUUUUAAUUGGCAGACUAAUAUUUAUUGGACAAAAAUUUUUGAGAAAAAAAAACGAUGAAUCUCCUAAGCGCAGUUUGUCAUUUGCGCGAGAGGCGUUACAUCGACAAGUCUUUUGGAAACGGGAGGCGCUGUGUACUCCCGACGCCUGUGUAUCAUACCUAUUUUUACACCAAAUACUUUAAUAACGCUACUUGUAAGAGUAGGUCGAGCCCUUUCGGGCGGGCCACCGAUCGAUCGUAUCCGACAUACGAAUCUUCUUCUCUAGUCAUAAUUUUCUCUUUUCCGACGAUCGGCUCGAGCGCAGUAAUAGCGACGAUCGAAUUGUACACAAUCGACUUUUUAACGAGUCAGCCGCUUGUCGACCACUUCUAAUUAAGGCUGGCGCUGUUGAAUUUGAAGCGGUACUCAGGUCGAAUUAUCCGAAUCGUACUUACGGCUAUUUCCUUAAAAGUAGAGAUUGUUACUUAGCAAUGAUCGUAAUUGUAGCCGUGGUGCCGUGCGCGUAAAGAUUCGUUAACGCGCAUCCGAGCAUUUAUAGCGUUCCACAACGAUUACGGUAAACUAAGGCGUAAGUUUAUUAUAAACAGAAGAGAGACAUAGAAAAGUUGUCAUAGUCGUCGAGCUUUUACGAACCCUGCGGGAUUAUAGUUACAAUUACUAUCGUUGAAUGUCGAUGAUUGAGAUUUGAAUCCAUCGAACGGUAUCUUGUCUAGAAUUACGAAGUUUCCCGAUAGCGAAAUGUGUCAACCUGAAUGUGAACCUGCGCACACAAGUUGAGAGAAACGUUUUCGCUACGAAUAUGAAUGAAGGCCGAAGCGCAGCACUUAUAAAUAACGCGUAAUGCAUAAAGCAUAAGAAAACUGAUCAGAGUCUUUCAUUUAAUGGAAAGGAAGGAAAUUAUGGAUUUUGAUUCAUUUUUUAUACAUUAUGCGUUAUGCAAGACUGUGCUUCCGCCUUUUGCUUUCAGUGAGAGAUCGAAGGUUGACGUGCGCUUGUUUUUCGUCAACGCGAAGAAUUGACGUUGUUUUUCCUGAAACGCUUUUUACAUUCUACGGGUCUG